AUGGAUCAGUGGGUGAGCGAAGGAUUGUCGAAGCUUUUAGACUUUCAGGUGCCGGAUGAUUUAAUAACAUAUCUUUUAUCAAUAGAAAACGAAACAGAUUUGAAUGAGUAUAUGAAAACUUUGCUCGAUUUUGACAAUUCCCAACAUAAAAGUUUCUUCUUAGAGCUGUGUAAGAGGAAAUUUCCCACCAAAGGAAACUCAUUUUCAAAACAACAAAAGAAAAAAACAAUAAAAAAUAAGCAAACUCAACAACAAGAAUUUGUAAACACUGAUGUUGAACCAGUAAAACCUCAAACAGAAGCUACCGAGUCAAAGUCUAAGAAGAAGACCAAGUUCGUGAACCUGUACUCACAAGAAGGGAAGAAUGCCCAGGUCGUAUUGAUCAAAGGCCGGCACCGCUGUGAUUGUCAAGCUGCCAAGCAUGAGCUGAUCAACAAUUGCUUACAGUGUGGACGGAUUGUGUGCACGCAGGAGGGGUCUGGACCAUGUCUGUUUUGUGGCAACUUGGUGUGUACACCAGAAGAACAAAGGGAAAUAAAUGCUAAGACAAAGAGUGGAGCAAAACUGAUGGAGUCACUCAUGGAACGUAGUAGACCUAAAGGUUCUGAGGCUGCUAUUUUGCAUAGAAAUAAACUCUUAGAAUAUGAUCGAACCAGUGAACGUCGCACCCGCGUGACUGACGAUGACAGUGAUUACUUUAACGCAGGGAGCGUGUGGCUAAACGCCACUGAGAAGGAGAAACUGGAGAAGUACCAGCAGUCACUGCACGAAAAGAAGCAUGCUUCACGACUUAGCAAGAAGAUGACCUUUGAUUUUGGAGGUCGACAAAUUGUCGAAGACAAGACAAUAGACUAUGACGUCGACGAAGAGAAGAUUCGUCAAAUGACGACCAGCAACAGUAGUAGCAACAGACUGCAGCAACAUGAAUUGUUUGUUGGCGUUCCCAGUGACAGAGAUGUUGCACCAGGGGUUAACGCUCCGCUGUUACAGUUCGAUCAAUCAGUUGAAGGGCAAGGAUAUGCGGCUGCAAUGAAAAAUAGCGGUAACCCUGGCCAACACGUCCCGAGGGUACAGGAUACUGAACUGCAGGAGAUGAGUGACACGGGCCGGUGUCUCUCUAUGCAUCAACCCUGGGCCUCCUUACUUGUGGAAGGAAUUAAAAUGCACGAGGGUCGAACCUGGUACUCGAGCCAUCGAGGUCGUUUGUGGAUCGCGUCUACCGUGAAACCGGCUGAUCCGGACGUCGUUAGAGCGAUCGAAAAUCAAUACAGGGUGUUGUAUCCAGAGACGGAGAUCAAGUUCCCAUCAUUCUAUCCGACCGGGUGUCUCCUCGGAUGCGUCAAUGUGGAUGAUUGUUUGCCGCAGGAGGAGUAUCAGAAAAUACAUCCGAACGGUGAUAGUGACAGCCCUUACGUGUUCAUAUGUUCGAACCCCAUCAGUUUGAGGCUGCGCUUUCCCGUUAAAGGACAACACAAAAUAUAUUCGUUAGACAAGAUGAUUCACCAAGCAGCCGUUAAGUGUAUUCAGAAGAUGUCCAAAAUACAAUCAGAAGAAGCACUCGCAGCAUAA